AUGGCGAAGAAGGUUGUCAAGCUUGAUAACGAUUACUCCACUCUUAACAUGAUGGCGGUUACUAUUGUUGCUCCUAUUACAAAACUUUUUGAACUUCAUAAUUCUCUUCUCUCAAAUAUUGAUACAAAUUUGGAGUAUGAUUCUAAAAGCUUUGCAAAACUGGACGAGUUAUUGGGAAGUUUUAAUAAAUUACUUUCAAAGCUUGGUUCUUCUUCACAGUCUUCAAGUUCUCAAGAGUCCUUUUCUAAGAUUUUUUGUUCACUGGAGUCUACUCUCAAGGCUGAUUUGGCUCCACUUUUGAAAUUGGUUAAUUUGAUGCCAUCUAAUGCCUCGCCUGUUCGCAUAGGGGUGCAAGGGGGAGAAAAGGGUUUUUAUUCAGGUAGUUCAAAAGGUUUUGAUACUGGUUCUUCGAAAGAUCCUUCUAAUGGAAGUUUUUUUAAGAUGCCUAUAACAAAUGGUAUUUUCAUUGGUUCAUAUGCUACUGGAUCAAUUUCGAAGCCACCUUCAUCAACUGAAGAAAAUAAAGGAAAAAGAAAGGGAAUCUACACUGAUCCAACUGAAGAAGAGAAGUAUAUUACAUUGGAAAAGGAGAUUGAAAGACAUAGGAAUAUCCAAAGUAUGUUAAGACAAAGGGAAGCAGAUCCUCCUGGUCUUAGGAAGGGUGAUCCAAUGAAACCAUAUUGUUACAAAACUAUCGAGCAAUUUUUUUCUCUUGGUAUCAUGCAUGAUUUUGUCAAAGUCCCAAAGAAAAGCAAUGAGAUAGAAAAGUGA